CCGGAAUCAAAAAUGUCGACCUUAGAGCAUGGCUAUCUUCCAGAUGAUCCGCUAUUUGUGCGGCUCCUCUGGAUUGCAUCUCAAUGCCACGAACCAAUUCUGAACGAUCGGCUCCGGGGAGUUCAGGUGGAUUUUCCCACCUUGCUCCGUGAUAUUUUGGUAUUUCGACAAAAAAUUCGUGAUGCUCUUUCUCCAGAUGUCAUAGAUGAGAAUGGAAUGGUUGCUAGAGAUGGCGUGUACAUUGGCCUUUUGGCAACGGCCAGCCAUGAAUAUAUAGUGGCUGUUUUUGCAAUCGCUGCUCUUGGUGCGGCAAUUGCACCAUUGCCACCCGGCAUAUCGACAGAAGAGACGCUCGGAUAUAUCAAUCUGUGCGGUGCUUCUGUUGUCCUGGUCGGACCUGAGAGUGAAAAUGCGGCAGCUGAGAUACAAGAGCAUUCCCGUAUUAAUGAAUCCCAGCCCAUCCAGACUCUCUUUCUGAGUAAAUGGAGCGCAUCGCAGGAACAACUUGAGACUCCAACCGCCACGAUCCAACCCGGGUUGAAAUUUGACAAUGAACGUCCGGGGUUGUUACUCUUCACCUCAGGCUCUACCGGCGCUCCUAAAGCGGUCAUUCAUGCCCGUCGCUAUCUGUACUCUCUGACACGACUUCCUCCUCGUGUCGGAAAGGGUGAGGUGCAUCUGUGUGUGGCAGAACUGGUGUCCUUCACGAGCGGCUUCCAUCAGGCUUUCAGCGGUCUUCUCCGUGGCACACGCAUAGAAAUGUACCAUUUUGCAACCAGACCAGAGCUGCUCUGGAAUCGGUUGAAAGAAGGAGACGUUACGACUGUCUGCCUCAUUACCAGAAUGUGGUGGGACAUGAUGGUCUAUUACCAAAAGGUGAUCUGCCAGUUGCCGCAGAAUCAGGCGCAGGAAUAUGUCCAGGGUGUGCGGCAUUUGCGAGCACCUCAAUCUGCGGCAGCAAUGCCUCCGCCUUUGUUAAAGCGUUUCUGGAAGGAGUUGCUUGGGAAGUCUCUGUUAGUUACGUUUGGUACCACGGAGUCGGGGGUGAUCUUCCUGUCUUCGGAUGAGGAAUCUGGCCGUCCGGAGGCAAAUGUUGGAAAACCGGCACCUUAUGUCACCAUAAAGCUAACUGAAGGAGAUCGUGGAGAAUUGUGGGUGAAAAAUAGUACUCUCAUGCUCGGGUAUAUGGGCAAGGAGAAACAAGACCAGGAUAUCUUCGAUGAGGAGGGAUUCUAUUGUACCAACGAUGUCUUCCAUCGUGAUGGUGAUAGCUACGUCUGGGAUGGACGAGCAAAAUCAGGCUGGAUCUGGUUUGAGGGCCACCCAGUGCUACUCAAGAGCAUAGAAGACCAGCUACUUGAGCUACCGUACGUGGAACAAGGGCAUGUCUUGGCGCUGUGGGGAGGAACCACGCACCAAGUCGCGGCCUUGGUCCGUUUCCAGCCGGAAAAGGUUCCCAAGAAUGAAUCGAAGGCUUUGAACACCGUGCGCCAAGAUCUCUCUGGCAAGCUGCCGGAAACUCACUUACCGACCGUGCUUCGGAUUUUGCAUGAUGGGGAGGAUGUUCGCCAGACAUGGACUAUGAAAACCGCGCUAGAUGAUAAGGAGGUUCAGAGGUUUUUCCCGUCUAGCUCUGUCUAAGUCUGCUGGUGUACAUAAUUUACAAAUACACCUCCGUACGGAGUAGAGCUUAGUUACAAGGGCUGAACUGUGGAGCUGUCGGCAAUGGAAUUUUCACGACGCUGAGAUUUCCAACAUAUUCUCGUCAUAGUACAGCUGGCAGAAAUGGCUGGCAGGGUGUUUACACAUAAUAUAAUGCAAGCGAACAUUGGCAUCAC